CAGCGGUUAAAUUCGGCAGAGAAAAUCUUCUAUAUAUAUAUUAACAUGACCAUCAUCAGAAGAUCGAACAACUUCACAAUUUGUAAUUUUCCUUGUCUGAAUAAUUCUCAUCGAUCGUUCAGCCAUGGAAAACAUCAACAACAACAAAGAAUUAACUAUUUGCAAGAAAAAAACAAUGGGGCGAAGGAAGAUCGAAAUUAAAAAAAUCGAAAAGAAAAGCAGUCUACAAGUAACAUUCUCGAAGCGGAGAACGGGCCUGUUUCGAAAAGCCAGCGAAAUCAGCGUUCUCUGCGGUGCGGAAAUCGCAAUUCUCGUGCAGUCUCCGGCGAAUAAGAUCUACUCGUACGGCCACCCUUCCGUCGAAACUUUGCUCCACCGCUACCAGACCGGCGGAGCUGGCGGAAGCAGCAGCGCAGGCUUGAGUAUUAUCCCUUACAGUGAAGACGGAAGGAAUAAGUACGAUGAAGCUGUAAAGAAACUCGAGAUCGUAAAGAGAUCAAUGAAGCAAGAAAGUAGUGGUAUUAGUAGUACAAGAUUCUGGUGGGACGAACCGAUGGAGGGCAUGGAACUUUACGAACUUGAGGAAUAUGUCGAAGCAAUGGAAGCUUUGAAGGAUAACGUCUCGCGCAGAGUCGAGGAGAUGGAGAAGCAGAAAUCAAACGCUGCUUCCGCUUCCACGUCGGAUCUUGAUCCUAGUUUCCAGAUUAAUUAUCAAGAUUUUGAUGUAAGUAACUUUCUUGACUUUCCUUUAUCAUGUUUUUAGGGUUUCUAGGGUUUGUGAAGAACUUCAAUCUUUUCAAGAAUCAAAUCAUUACUGCAUAUGUGUUCAUUAAAUUCAGACAUUAACAUACAUGAACUGACUUUUGGAUCAUCAUUACAAGUAGUUUAUUCAUUAAUAUUUUUUAUCAGAUUCUUAAAAAGUUUCCUUAAAUGUAAUUGUUCGUGCAGAUUUUUUUUGUUAGUGUUUUUCUUUUUUCUUUUCUGCUUUAGGGUUUUUAGGGUUUCGAAGAAGCGAAUCACCAAUAUGUAUUUUUAUAAAAUUCGGAGGUCCAAUGAAUUGAUGUUUUAUCAUUGCAUAUCCAUUCAAUAUUUCUUGCCAGAUUCAAUCAUCUAAAUAUUUAUACAAUUGUUCU